UAUACUCCAUGACUCCUACAAAUUAAUUGAAAUUGGGAAACAACAGGAAAGAAUUAUUAAAUUUAACACAAAUUUGAAGCUACAAAUUCUUCAUCGUAGAAGCUAAGGAACCUUAUUUGGGGCGUAUUUAAAUACAAGUGCUUGUUGGUUGAGAUUUGUUUGUUGAAGCUAAGAGAAAGAGAGUAAAGAAUAUCAAAGCAGAGAUGGGAGGAGCAUUGUCAAUGUUGGUAAAGAUUAUGUUUGAAAAGAAAGAGAUGAGAGUAUUAAUGGUGGGACUUGAUGCUGCUGGCAAAACGACCAUUCUUUACAAACUUAAACUUGGAGAAGUUGUCACCACCAUCCCAACUAUUGGGUUUAAUGUGGAAACUGUGGAGUACAGAAACACUGGCUUCACCGUUUGGGAUAUUGGUGGCCAAGACAAGAUCAGGCCAUUGUGGAGAUACUACUACCAGGACACCCAAGGUCUUAUCUUUGUAGUGGACAGUAAUGAUAGAGAGAGAAUCACAGAAGCCAGAGAUGAACUCCACAAGCUGCUAUCUGAGGAUCAACUCAAGGAUGCAACACUUUUAAUCUUUGCUAACAAGCAAGAUCUUCCCAAUGCAAUGUCUGUUGCUGAGAUUUCUGAUAGCCUUGCCCUGCACUCCCUUCGUCACCGCAAUUGGUACAUACAGUCUACUUGUGCUACUUCUGGUGAAGGGCUUUAUGAAGGUCUAGAAUGGCUUUCUAGCAAUGUAGGACCAUCUAACAAGUCUAAAUAUUGAAAAACAGUCUGCAAGCAAGAGAGCUAUUGAAGUAGUGUCCUUUUAUCAACUGAGUAAUGAGAUUUGAAGACUUGGGAGUGUUUUAAGUAAAUAUUUAUGAUAAAGAUGAAGUUUUUUUGGAUUGAUUUUUAUUGUUUAUUGUAUAUAUUGCAUUUAGCAAAUAUAUUUGAUUGUAAAAAUUAUUUGUAAUAUAUACAAAAGCUUUAGUUUGCGAGGAAUGACCGGUUAUGUAAGAGUGUACAACCCUUAAUUCUUUGUUAGUUAUACCAAUUUCUCGCACAACAUCUCUGGAAAAUUGCUAGUUUCUGAACUACUCCUAUUUUACUUGAAAAAAUAUUCCAAGUAUAGUAUAUAGCGCCAAUAUGGGGAUAUCUAGUUAUCUACUA